AUGGCGGUCAAGACCGGGCAAGUGCAGAAGAUGCUCAGAAAGUUUCCUGACCACGUUCCAAUCCUGUGCUGGAGGAUGGCCCAGGAGCCCCAUGACCACAGCAGCAAGAAGCUCCUGAUGCCCAAGACGAUGUCUCCGUAUGAGUUUGAGACCAGCAUUCAGAAGCACUGCGACUGGUCGGGCGAGAGGAGCGAAGUGCGCAUUAUGUUUUAUGGCGAAGUGGUUGACUCAAUCGACAUGGACUGCCUGACCGUGCAGGAGAUGUAUGAAGCGUACGCACAAGCAGACCACUGCUUGCACGUGCAGGUAUCUGCACAGCCCCUGGAGCAGAGGCCACUGCUGGAAAGGACGCCCUCGCCGAGUGCUCGACCCAUGGGGCGGCUGGUGGAAAGGACGCCUUCGCCAAGUGCUCGAGCCACGGGGCCACUGGUAAAACGGUCGCCUUCGCCAAGUGCUCAACCCAUGGGGCGGCUGGUGGAAAGGACGCCUUCGCCAAGUGCUCGACCCACGGGGCCACCGGUAAAACGGUCGCCUUCGCCAAGUGCUCAACCCAUGGGGCGGCUGGUGGAAAGGACGCCUUCGCCAAGUGCUCGACCCACGGGGCCACUGGUAAAACGGUCGCCUUCGCCAAGUGCUCAACCCAUGGGGCGGCUGGUGGAAAGGACACCUUCGCCAAGUGCUCAAGCCAGGGGGAACGCAGAGGCCAACGCCGAGUUCAAGAACCUCGCCACCGAGAACCUGAAGCGGGGAGCGGAAGAGAUGGCGAAUGCGGCACGGAAGCGCCCCAGGAUCCACGAGCCGAGCCGCGCGCUCGCGCUCGCCACCGACGUGGCGCGUAUGGCCGCGUUCGCUUCUACGGGCUACAUUUUCGCCGGCGGCGGCCCCGGCGCAAUGAUCGGCUUCGCCACGGCCUGCGCCAAGUGCCUCAAGUCAUCGGUGCAGUGA